UUGUCUCGGUGCUCAUUUUUGUAGUUGGAUUGGGUUGAUUUGAUCUGAUCUGAAAGGGCUUGGAAUUGGAGGAUCCUCUGCGAUAUAAAAAGUGGAAAAUGAUAAGUUGGCCUGACCGCCUUUCAUACAUACAUAGUUGUUAUACUCCUCCUUCUUCUUCACAACCACCCUUCUUCCCUUCAUAUGGCAUUUCGACCAACUUUCGCCAUCAUGCAGUCUUAUUUAUGGUCCUUGCGGUAGUACAUGCGAGCCCGAGCCCUUGGAGAAGCUCGCAGAAAACAGGACGCGCGAAGAGUUUCUUCUUCUUUCAGAUAUCCCAUCCGAUGAAGGCUCGAAAUUCACAACGCAAACUCUUCUUGUCAAAACAAAAUCAUGCAUGGUCAAAGAACACGAGUAUGCAUCACGAGCGUUGCAAAAUUACCAUCUAUGAGGAAGUUGCUGCAAUGCAAUUACAAGAUGAAAUCCGCUCUCUUGGUAGUUCAACCGUACAGAUUGGGAACUGGAUAAAAGAAGCAGAUGAAUCCUGGGCACCCCCCCCCCCCGCCCCCCCCCUUCUGCCCGGAAUACAAUCACAGCUCUCCUGGAGGGUUGGGUUAUGGGAAUCAGCUUCGAGACUUGCGCUUGACGCCAGGGGAUGGUUGGAAACAAGUGGCCUGCACUUUUUAACUGUUUGCCGGGAUCUUCCACAGUGGCGGUCCUCUGUUGAAACUCGAGCAUGAGCUUCUUGCAGUAGUACAAUCAGUAUAACUUGGCAAAAUAAUACAGCUAAUGUCUCAGUAGAUAACCCUUUAGGAAAUUCACCGGCCGGAAUAUAAUCCAAGUAAUCCAUUAGAGAGAGAGAUCUGUUCG